GGUUUGGACUGUGCGAAAGUGCGUUUACUAUCCGAGCAGUUGUGGCGAAGGCUGGAACGAAAAUACGAGUUGAAACUACAGGCGUGGAAGAAGAGCGAGGAAAAACAGCUGGAAGAAAUGUUGGAGAAGCUGAGGGCAGAAUACAAGCAAAGUAUUGAUGCAAAACACACACAAUACACAGAACUGGCUUCACGUAAAGAGGAUGAACUAAGGAAGUUGGAGACACGUUUAAAGGAGGAUUUCAGACUGGAACAAGAGAAAUACCAGUUGAAAUUGCAACAAGAAUGGCGUCUUAUUGAAGCCGAGAAGCGUGACUUACGAGCUCAAAAAGAUCAAUUGGAAACGGCAAAGUCGAAUUUCUCAAUAAAGAUGCAACAUGAAGAGAUGUGUCUGAAACGUGAUCAGACUGCAUUGACACGUAUGAAUGAGACGUUGUUGGAGCGUAAAAGGAAGCUGGAUGAGGCAAUGAGGGAUAAGGCGAUUAGCAAAGCAGGACAAAUACAGGAGAAUUGGUUGAAUGAAAUGGUGAAUGAAUGGAAUGAAAAAGAGGCGAAACUAUCCCAAAAAUGCAGUCAACUCGCGGAACGCGUGCAACAAAUGAGUGAACUUCCGAACAAGAUUCGACAGCAGGAUGAGAUCAUUCAGCGUUUGAAGGUGUUUUGGUUGUUUUUGUUAUGA